CACUCCAGCAAGUUUCACCGAGCAGGUUCGAAACAUUAUAUUAUAUAUGAACGUUCGGAUUCGGAAACGGAAAACCUGCAAUUGCUGCUCACCAGACCUCUUUCUCUCUCUCUCUCUCUCUCUGAGCUUAAGUUCGGAUCGAGUAGCCCCACUGAGGAAGCAGAGGGCCGUUCAGGAGGAGCAGAGAAUUGUCCAAGUUCGAGGGCAAACAAAGUUGAGGUGGAGCUAGCUAUCCCUCCCGUCGGCAAUCCGGAAGCAGAGAAGAUGGCAGACGGCCUGGUUCGUUCUCUCCUUGAUAUAGGCAAGUCACUGGUUGGCAAUCGUCUUAAGUUUAUCAAUCAAUGCGAGCGGAUCAGGAAGGACUUGGAAAUGCUACAACCAAUACUAGACAGAGAGUCUGCCAAUUCGGAGCUCGAGAAUCUGCGUUCCGAGUUAGAAAAGGGGAGAGUGCUCAUAAGCAAGUGCGCCGAAGUCCCCUUCUGGAACGUCGUCAAGCAACACAUCUACGCCGGGCAGCUACAGAAGCUCGAAGAAGCGAUCCAGCGGUUUUGGAAGACUGAGCCGGUGAGAGGGGUUGGGGAACUGCGAUCGUGGAUGGAGAAGUUGAAUUCUGAGUUGAAUGCGUUGCUGGAAGAACGCGAAGUGGGGGAGCCUCUGCAUCUUCCCCCCAGCAGGGUCUUUGGUAUGGAGCAGCCCCUGAUUGAGGUGAAAGGGAAACUGAGGAGGCAUCAGGUGGUUGGCGUUUGUGGAAUGGGGGGUUCCGGAAAGACCACCUUAGUGCAGAAGCUCUGCGCGGACCCAGAAAUCAAAGCUGAAUAUGGGAAACCAAUCUUUUUAACGGUUUCUAGCUCAACUGAUCCGCGAACAAUCUGGCAAAAGCUAUUUACGAAAUUACAUAAAUUAAUUGACGAUGGUGCAAUUGCAACCGCGAGCGGAAGAAGAUCGAAGAUGCUAAUAGUGUUGGAUGAUGUUUGGUCCGUCGACAAAAGCAUCAGGACGCUGGUGGAUGAAACGAAGAAUGCAGCAGAUUCUAGAAUUCUCAUAACGUCAAGGUCCGAACUCGAUGAUAUAUGUGAUUCGACCUACCUUGUGAACUCGCUGAGCAAGGAUGACGCUAGAAAACUACUUCAGCACCACGCUAAGCUUGGAGACCGUGAAAGAUAUUCCUGGAAGCCGGAUAAGCAGCUAAUAGAUGAGAUAGUGAGAGGAUGCAAGCUUCACCCUCUAGCAUUGGAAGUUAUAGGAGGCCCUUUGAAGAAAAGAGAUGAGAGGGAGUGGCAAAAUACAGCGAAUAGACUUAAGCAGACUGGUGGAAUCAUGGAAAACGUAAUCACGGAAUGCUUCUCCACCAGCCUUACACAGUUGAUGGAGGUAGAACGCGAGUGCUUUUUGGACAUGGGUUCUUUUCCAGAAGACCAGGCGAUCCCUGCUAGCGCAAUCAUAGACAUGUGGACCGAAACACGUGACAUGGAUGAGAAUGGCGCUUAUGUGAUUCUUCGUAAACUAGGCCGAAGAAAUCUUCUCAAACUUGUUGACAGAAAAUGUGGUGAUGCUGGAGAUCCAGAUGGGAGUUUCAGUAGCCUCUCUGUAACCCAGCACGAUCUACUAAGAGAAUUUGCCAUCCACAAGAGCAAUGAGAGCCAAAUUACUAGGCUGAUCAUGGUAAAAAGAGAGGGCAAUAUCCCAGAGACUUGGACGCGGGAAAAGGAUCGAACCAGCCAUGCAAAGCUUGUCUCCAUAAACACUGGGGAUAUGAAAAGCUCGGCCUGGCCGGCUCUAAGCCUACCUAAUGCUGAAGUCCUCAUCCUCAACUUCUCAGCAACUUCCUAUUCCUUACCACCAUUCCUGCAAAGUAUGAAGAAUCUCAAAGUUCUGCUUGUUGCCAAUCAUGGUUCCAACCGCGCAGAACUAGACGGACUCUCCCUGUUAUCUUCUCUAAAUAAACUCAAGAGGGCCAUGUUUAGAAGGAUAUCACUACCUGCUGAGCCACUGCAGAUGGCUGAAGGAGGAUCCGGUUUAUGGUCCAGAAAGCGGAAGUUUGUAGAAAGUGUCAUUUCCAAAACAAUAGGUGCUUCCCCUGAGCCGCCUCAGGAUCUGCACAAGCUUUCACUGGUCCUCUGUGACGUUCGCCAUCUGCUGCACAUCCCUUCAUUGUUUCCAAGUGUCAGAGAUCUGGAAAUAGAUUACUGCAUUGACUUGUAUGAAUUGCCGGAUACCAUCUGUGGCAUUUCUAGUCUGGAGAAGUUAAGCAUAACCAAUCUCCCUGACUUGCUCAGGCUGCCAGAGAGCAUUGAUAAACUGAGCAAAUUGAAAGUCCUACGAUUGCACGCUUGCGGGACAUUGGAACGUUUACCGCAGUCGGUGAGCCAACUCUCAGAACUUAGGUUCUUGGAUAUCUCAAACUGUUAUAGUUUGGAGGCUUUUCCUGAACAAAUAGGAGAACUGAGCAGCCUGGUGAAGAUUGACAUGAGAUCCUGCUCAAGCAUCACGGACCUGCCUUCUUCUCUGGUGCAAAUGGAAUGCUUGACAAAGGUGAUUUGCAAUAAGGAUGGUGCUUCUCUGUGGAAGUCUAAUGGUUUUGCCGAAAGUAAGGUUGAUGAGCGCAAAGAGGAAGAAGUGAGCUUGGCAUUUCUCCACGGAUAGUUUGUAACUUGGAGUCGCCUUUUCUUCAUCGGUUCUUGGUCGUUGUCUGUAGGCAUUGGUUUUUUCCUUUUCUUGUUGUUUGUUUGGUGAUUUGUCAUAGAGAGAUCAUGUGAAGAUCUGCAAGGUUUGGAUAAAGGUGGAACUCCUCUUAAAUUUUAUUUCGCUUGGUGCUACAAAAACAAAAUCAAGCGUAGUGAAGACCCAAUUUCAGUGUUUUUUUAGUUGUUCUUCAAUACAAUCGAACUUUCAACCUUCGUUUGUCUUUCAA